UUCCCCGGAUGAUCAAAAUAAAGUUGUGGAGAAUAUGAAGGAUGAAACAGAGACACAUGAGACCAACAAGAACAGGACAGGAGGCAAGGCUAAACGUAAGUCCAGUGGCAGUGCCAAGAAGACUUCCGUGGAGGAGGACAGCAGCAUUGGUGCAGGUCCGAGAUUACUUCAUGUUGGGUGCAGGUUGUGUUCAAAUUCAUCAGCACUGAUCUGAGAAGAUAGUAUCUAUAUAGGUGAAAGCAAUAUAGUGGAGGCCCGCAGAGAGAUGUGCUUUUACCUGUCCAGUGCAAUCAAAUCACUAAAGGUGAAGGAAAUUAGAUAUAAAGUUCAGAUUCAACUUUAGAUUUCUCUUUGCGGAUUCCCAGAGUCUUCUCAGACACCCGGGUGUGGUUUCCGGGAAAGGGGAUCUAUCAUUGAGCAGCUGGAGAAGGAGGCUCAGAGGACUCUAAUGCCUUCUCUCAAGAUUGGGACAUGCUGUGCCCCAAUCCUCCUCUCCUUCCUGAGGAGUCUAACUGAUGAGCAAGUCCCAUGUCUUUCUCCAACCUCACAUACAACAACUCUGAAUUUAUAGUCAUAGUGCACCUUCUAACCACAAAUGCGAUUUCAAACACUACACCUAACCCUAACAUCACCGUAACCACACCCCUAACUCUUCCUGUAAAUCAAGAACAAAAUGGCUCAUGUACUUGCUAAUAGCUUAAUUAAAUACACUUUUAUUUUCCCUAACAUGGCUAUCUAGUGACUCCACUAACUCAACACCAGUGUGCAGCUAAAAUAUGUUUCCUUUCUUUUCUUUUCUCUAGCCAAUGGAGAGUGAUUCAGCAUGGCAUGAAAAAUAACCUCACAUUCGAGCAGCUCUCCAUGCUGUGUCUGAAGAUUGUUAAGGUCGUGACCCAGACAGCCCUCCGCAUUCUCCUACCAGCGCUAGCUCGUAUCAUGGGUGUGGACCUGAGGAGUGGGGCAGCCUCCCCAGAAUCCCAGUGCUCUCUGACAGGGUCUGAGGAUUCCUUAGGCAGUCUGGAUGAGCGAGAGAAAAGGCUGCUGAUCAGUGAGAUGAACUACUGGACUAAGGAGAGGAGGAGGAAUGGCAGUGCAGGGUGCCGCCAAAAAUCCACUCGCAGAACCUCAUCACCAUGCUGGUCGCCUAAGAGUUCCCAGACCUCAUUGCAGAGUUUGCCAGCAACUAGAGAGGCUCCCCUCAUGGAGGAGCCUCUGAAAGCUCUCUUUGGGGUAACGGAAGAGAGCCUCCUGAUAUCCCUGGUUGAGGGUCACUCCAACCCCACCUCCUCCAGCUCUUCCGAGUUGAGCUAUGCUAUCGCGGGAGAGGUAGUACACCAGCUUAACUCUGGCCUCUCAGUGGCCAUUCAGGCCAGCUCGGGGAGUUGCCCCCCUAUGGACAGUCAGGACAUAGCAGCAGGCAAGGAGGUCAUUCGGGUAGCCUCGGUGCAGAUCCUGGCCGAGCUACAGAGCCAAACGUCUGAGCCAGAGUGGGUAGGGUUUAUCGAGCCCCUCAUGGACCCUGUGACCGAUGAUGUGCUGAAUGCCAUUGUCGGCACAAUGGACAAAAUGGCACAGGACUACAACAUCCUAUUGGAUCUGGCCAAGAAGAUGACAAUCUUGGGGUCUAAAUUUCUGACCAAUCUUCAAUGUGACCUUGAUGUUGAGUGUCCAUCUGGGAAAGAAGGGACCACUCACUUUCUCAAAGAGACUGGAUCCUCUAGCAGUGUGGUGUCCAGAGAGCUUCAGACCCUCUCUAGCCCCGACUUUCAGUCUAAAGCCCUCAAGGCGGUGAGCACCAUCCUUACAAGGAAAGUCAGCAGCUCUUCUGGCGUGGCUCCUUCCUCUAGGCCUUCUAGUGCUGCUCCUAGCCUUACUGAAGCUCCCCUGAAUACCAGCUGCACAGCCCUGACAUCUGUAAGCUCCACUGCCACAGUGAUUGUUAAGGCAUUUGUGGGAGGCAUGGAGACGAAAGCAUCAUUUGAAGGCAAAUGUGAAGCAGUUGAUUGGCCAGUUCCUGUAAAUGACCACAAAACAGGGUUUUCACAGAAGAUAACCUUCUCUCCAGCCCGCACACUCUAUGGCCUUAUACGAGCAAAGCUGAGGGACCUUUUAACUCUAUCCGCUCGAGAAGAAGGUGUGGCUAAGGAUGCUUCUCUUCAGGAGUCUUCAGACACCCUGGAAAAGGCAACUGUUUCAACUGUUGAGGUCCAGUUACCCAGCACCAAACUUAGUAGAGUUCCCAGUGAGAGCCAACCAAUACCAGCUCUCUGUCUCUCCAAUCUGGAUAGCAGCACUCAAGAAGUUCUUAGCAGUGUUUUUUCCAUCUACAAGUCAGAGUUAUCAAAAGUGGAGAGUAAAUGCUUGGCCGUUGUCAGUUCAUCUGAUGAGUCCCUAGAUGCUUGUUGGCUUGUUGAUGGUGUCCUAUCAAAGCUUGAUGACUAUACUAUUUCCCAGUCACCCUCACCCAAUGAAGACUUGAGUGUGAGUACUCAAUGUUCUCAACUGAGCUCAGAAGAGAGUGUCAGAAUCACACAGUCCUCUACUAGUCUGAUUCAGAGCAUUAAGAAGCUCUCUAGCAAUGACUUUCAGACUCAGGCAGAAGAGGCAGUGAGUAAAGUGCUGAUGAGAUCCAGUCAUUCCUUUAUCACACAGAUCAGCCAUACUGGUCUUCAGAAAAGUCUGCAGGCUGGCUUAUCAUCUAGCUCGCCAUCAGAGAUUGCCUCCAUGUCCUCUCAGAAUACAGCCCCUGGAUUAGUGGAAACCUUUGUCAAAGGAAUGGCGACUAUUUUCCAGAAAAAUGAGUCCACUGACACUGUGCUCCUGGAAAGAAGUGGGAGAGUUUUGCAGUGCUCCCACGGGGGCUCCCAACUGGAUGAUACUGAAUUGAGUGUUAAAAUAUCAGAAGAGAAGCUUUGGUCAACAGCUAAGACCAUCUGCGUCAAUAUGAAGAACAUACUUAAGGAUUUCUUCACAGGGCUGAAGCCAUCCGGAUCCGAAAGGACAGAAAAUGCUUCUUCCAAAGAGACCCUUGGGCAAAUCCUGGUUGCUAUCCAGAGUGAAAUCUCAAACUUCGGGCGAAUUAAGGAUUCCAGGGAGCUCCUUCAGAUCAACGAUAUGGUAGGAACUAUGCUGAAGGAGGUUGAGAAAAGUGAGGAUGACAGUGAACAAGUCUGCCAAGACAUCCCUAGAACCUGUUCAUCUUUGUCCACUUCUUUAAAGGGUCGUAGUUCCUUGUCUAGCUCUUCAAAGGGUCCUAGGUCAGAGUGUGAGUUAGAGAUCAACCUCCCUGGCACUCCCAUCCCUGACGAAGUGCCUUUUGAUCUGACCUGCCCCAUCGUCAGGAGCUCCUGCAUCGACACCAGGGACUCUAAAAUGCCAGAGAUUUCUACAAGUGACCUAAGGACAAAGAUGAUGGCACACACAGAUGAACCCCUGCAUCGUAACAGUCCAAUGACUGACAGCAGCCGACCACCGAGUGCUAAAGCCUCUUUUCGAUCCUCCACUAUUCCAUCUUUCACCAGCAAGGGAACCUCUUUGGUACCAAAGGGAGAUGGGAUUGACAUUGAAGAGAAGGAGGUGAGCAUCCCCAGCAGCUCUGGCCAUCUGAGGGAGCUCUUAAUCAGGCCAGACAUCAGCAGUGCCACUGCAUUCCCACUGCAGUACUUGAUGGACUCCAGCAAAGAUGAUGUAAUCUGUUUGGUCACCGUACUGGUGAUAAGGUUGCUAUCGAAGAUCAGACCCUCAGCCCUAGAUGGACCCUCCCAACAGGCACCAGACAUGACAGAAACAUCUCAGCAACUCAUCAGACAAGUCCUGUCUGAGUUCUGUGCUGCAUCCAGAUUCUCCAGGACACAGGAAUAUUCCCAGAACCUGCACAUCCACAGGGUGUUCAGAGGUGUACAUAAAAACCUGAUGGAGGAGUUUGGCUCUUAUAACACCCUGCAAGCAGCUAUUUCCUCCCAGGACCCUGCAUUUGACAGAGUCCUGGUAAAGUCCUUGACCCAGCAGCUGGUACAGGGACGCAAGGAGGCGUCAAGACCAGCUUCGGCUGCAACAAACCCAGCAGACCAGGCUGAGACAGAGAGGGGGGCUGAGCAGAAAGCAAGAAGGAGCUUCCUUUGCUUUUCAAUGACCAAACUCAGGAUCAACUUCAAGCGUUCCAAGAGAGAAAACAAAAAGGACUGCCGUUCAGUCCAGGAACAGACUGAGAUUCCCUCUACUGAUGGACAUUGCAUAGCUCCACACAUUGAGGCUCAUGGUGCUGAAUCUCCAGUUGGAGAGGUUUCUCCCUCCAUAUCUCAGCCUAUCAAAAAACAAUCCUUGAUUGUCAGGGUCUUUUCAGCAAUGAUGAAGCCGUUCAGGCGCUUCACCAAGAAGAACCUGUAA